UAUUUCGCCAACGAAAUAACAAAGCGGAAAAUAUUUUGCACGGAACGAAAUGUUGACAUUCUCAUACGUAAAAAAAUAGUAGAAAAUAGUAGAGCGGGAGUUCAAUGUGAUAUUAUCAAAUAUAUAUCUAAGAUACGAUUUUAUAUUAUUUUUUGUAUUUAUAUAAUUCUGGAUUCAUUGGAAUUGUGUGGUAAAAUUAGUGAGAGAUCUUAUAAAAUGGCAUCAAAAAGUAUGAAGAGGAAGAAACGUCAACUACAUGAAGCCGAAACCAAAACAUUGAUAGAGGCAGUGAAAAGUAAUCCAGUUAUAUGGAGUAGGCAGCAUAAGGACCACUACAACAGCAAUGCGCUCAAGAGUGCUUGGGAAAAUGUUAGUGAAGAGGUCUGUUUAAAUGUGAAAGAUUGCAAAUCCGCCUGGAGAAGCGUGACUGACAGCAAGCGUUAUUAUGCUAAUAAACUUAAGAAAUAUCAUAUGAUGUGUGGUUAUGAGAAUAAUGACUAUUGGAGUUUUCAAAAUAACCUAUUAUUUCUUGAGAACAAAUCACCGGAACGUGCAACAUUUAUACUAAACAAAGACAGUGAAUGCAAUUCCAUAACAACUAAAAGUGAAAAUCAUUCAGUGACUACAAUUAGUGAGAGAAACUUAGUAGCUUCUAUUAUCGAAAAUAACUCAGUACCUUUGACUUGUAAUUAUUCCACUCACACCGAAACGCCUAAUACAAGUGACAUUAUUAAAAGCAGUACAUUUAAGUACAAGAAGAAACGGCAGCUGAAUGAAAAAGUCACUAAGGCAUUGAUAAAGGCUGUGGCAAGUAAUCCAACUAUAUGGAAUAAAAAAUUUCCAGGACACUGGAGUAAAGUUGCUCAUAAACGCGCCUGGGAUAAUGUGAGUAAAGCAGUUUCUGUAAGUAUUGAUGACUGCAAAUCUUGUUGGCGAAGCGUACGUGACAGUAAGCGCUAUUAUGCAAAUAAACUUAAAAAUCCUACUAACGAUUGUGAUAUGGAACGAGAUGAAUAUUGGAUUUAUCAAGAUGAACUCUCAUUUCUUGAAAGCACCAUGCCGCCAAAUGGAACUCUUACUGUAAAGCAGGAAAGCGAAGACAAUGUUAAGUCUUCAGACAUUCGUCAGAAUGAUCAGAAUAAUACUGAAAUGCCUAGUACUAGUCAAAAUGUAAGAAAUACUGCACUAAAUAUGCUAACUUUGGCGGCAGAUAAGAUUGCCGCACAAAUGGAGAGUUUCGUACGAAUAAAAACCGAUGAAGAGAAUCAAAAAGAGAAAUUUGAUCCAGUUUUAAACUUAUUAGGCUCCAUUUUGGUUCAACUUCCAGAAGUUGAAGCCCAAGCUUUAAGCGAGGAACUGACAGCAUUGGCUUAUGCUAAAUUGAAUGAGCAACUCAGUAAAUAUGUGAAAAUUGAAUAUACAUAAUAUUUUGGGUUUAAAUAAGGUUACUAAAUUUAUUAUACUCAUUUUAUAAUAUGUGUAAUGUGAAAAAUUUGUGUUUGUGCUUGUCAAUAUGUUUAUAGCGCAAUGAAGAGACAUUUGAAAAUAUAAGGUCUGUCAUCGUGUUUCAGCGGAAAUAUAUUAAAAAUAUUAAAUAAAUAAAAAUAUAAAAUACUUUGUGCGAAGGAUUUUUAAAUCUCAAUAUGUAAAUCAUAACUUGUUAACUUGGCUUGAUUUUAUUAAUUUUAAGUCAGAGAUAA